AGAGCAGCAGGAAGAAGAAGCUUCGGCCGCAGGAAAAAAAAGGACCUCUGAGCCGUCAGGAUGCAGAGCACCACUAACUAUCUGUGGCUGAUCUCAGAUCUGCUCGGUCAGGGAGCGACGGCCAACGUCUACCGCGGCAGACACAAGAAAACUGGCGACCUGUAUGCGGUUAAAGUUUUCAACAACUUGAGUUUCUUGCGGCCUCUCGAUGUUCAGAUGAGAGAAUUUGAAGUUCUGAAGAAACUGAACCACAAGAACAUCGUCAAGCUGUUCGCUGUGGAGGAAGAGUCUAACACCCGUCACAAGGUGCUGGUGAUGGAGUAUUGUCCGUGUGGAAGUCUCUACACGGUGUUGGAGGAGUCGUCUAACGCGUACGGACUUCCUGAGGACGAGUUCCUCAUCGUGCUGCACGACGUCGUGGCAGGGAUGAACCACCUGAGAGAGUACGGCAUCGUUCACCGAGACAUCAAACCAGGAAACAUCAUGCGAGUGAUCGGAGAGGACGGACGCUCCGUCUACAAGCUCACCGACUUCGGAGCGGCUCGAGAGCUCGAGGACGACGAGCAGUUUGUGUCUCUGUACGGGACGGAGGAGUACCUGCACCCUGACAUGUAUGAGCGAGCCGUGCUGAGGAAGGAUCACCAGAAGAAGUACGGAGCCACGGUGGAUCUGUGGAGCAUCGGCGUGACGUUCUACCACGCUGCCACCGGCUCGCUGCCGUUCAGACCCUUCGAAGGACCGCGCCGGAACAAGGAAGUCAUGUAUAAAAUCAUCACAGAGAAACCGUCGGGAACGAUCUCCGGUCAUCAGAAGUGUGAGAACGGGAAGAUCGAGUGGAGCACCGAGAUGCCGGUUUCCUGCAGCCUGUCCAAGGGUCUGCAGAGCCUCCUGACCCCGGUGCUGGCUAACAUCCUGGAGGCGGACCAGGAGAAGUGUUGGGGCUUCGAUCAGUUCUUCGCUGAGACCAACGACAUCCUGCAUCGCACCGUGGUCUACGUGUUCAGCCUGCAGCAGGCCACGCUGCACCACGUCUACAUCCACGAGUACAACACGGCGGCGCUGUUCCAGGAGCUGCUCUCCCGUCGGACCAGCAUCCCGCUACACAACCAGGAGCUGCUGUACGAGGGCCGGCGGCUGGUCCUGGACCCCAACCGCCAGGCCAAGACCUUCCCCAAGACCUCCAGAGAUAAUCCCAUCAUGCUGGUCAGCCGCGAGUCCGUCGCCACCGUCGGACUCAUCUUUGAAGACCCGAGUCCUCCUAAAGUUCAGCCUCGCUACGACCUCGACCUGGACGCCAGCUACGCUAAGACGUUUGCAGGGGACGUGGGACAUCUGUGGAAGACGUCGGAGUCUCUGCUGGUUUAUCAGGAGCUGGUGAGGAAAGGAGUCCGAGGCCUCAUAGAGCUGAUGAAGGAAGAUUACUCAGAGAUUCAACACAAGAAGUCAGAAGUGUUUCAUCUGUGUAACUGCUGCACGCAGAUACUGGAGAGGACCGAGCAGCUGUUCGAGGUGAUGAUGCAAGCCAACAUGAUGUCAUCAGAGUACGACGAGAUCUCAGACAUGCACAAGAAAGUAGUGAGAAUCUCCGGCUCUCUGGAGCCCAUAGAGAGAACCUCUCAGGACAUCAAGAGUAAAUUUCUUCCUGGAAAUCUGCUGACGGACGUUUGGACUCAACAAGUAGGAACUCACCCUGAAGACAGGAAUGUGGAGAAGAUCAAAGUCUUGCUGGACGCGAUCACAGCGAUCUACCAACAGUUUAAGAAAGACAAAGCAGAACGACGUCUGCCGUACAACGAGGAGCAGAUCCACAAGUUUGAUAAACAGAAGCUCGUGCUCCACGCCAGCAAGGCUCGCUCUCUGUUCACGGAGGAAUGCGCCAUGAAGUACCGACUGUUCAUCUCUAAGAGCGAAGAGUGGAUGAGGAAGGUUCAUCAUGUGAGGAAGCAGCUGCUGAGUCUCUCCGGUCAGCUGAUCAACAUCGAGAAGGAAGUGACGAUGCUGAUGGAGCGAUCCAUCAAGCUGCAGGAACAUCUGCCUCAGAAGGUUCUUCCUCUCGUCUCCAGCGGAAUGAAACCUCAAGCUUACCUCAGUCAGAACACUCUGGUGGAGAUGACUCUGGGGAUGAAGAAGCUGAAGGAGGAGAUGGAGGGAGUGGUGAAGGAGCUGGCGGAGAACAACCACUUCUUAGAGAGGUUCGGCACGUUGACGCUGGACGGAGGUUUGAGGGGCUGAAGUCGUCGUAGCGUCGGCGGCUCGUUGUACAUAUUCUGUGUUUAUCGUGUAAAUAACGUCAGACUGAGACUUUGGAGCUUUUUGUAUGAACGGUUCUGCUGAACGGACGCAUUAGAAACAAAAAGACAAACAGCUUUAAAACAUUUAAAACAUUUAAAACAUUUAAAACGCUUCCAGGAGGAAAUUCAACCUUAAAUUAACCCUUAACGUCCCAGAUCCCUUAAAUGAGCCUUAACUGACUGAUUAAGGAGAUUUUAAAGGAUAUGUGAGAUUCCCCUUAACGGACCGUCAGACUGGUGAAAUUAAGGUUUAAAUAUUUACAUUUUAUUUCAGUAUUUGACAUUUUUACUCAGUUUUGGCUCAAAUUAAUAGUUUCUAUAUUUAUUAUUUAUAAAUCUCCCAAAUUCAGCACAGAUACAGUAAAGUGAUGGGUUAUAAUACGUUAAGGGGUUUUAUUAAGGGUUUAUUUUACUCACAUAAAACAGCAUGAAAGUUUUAUUUAAUUAAUAAUUAAUUAAAAAAUGACUUUCAUGUUUGUUUGUUUAACCCUUAAAAAAAAAAUCCCUUAAAUCCUCCAAAACCCCUUAAACAUGUUCCAGGUUAAUAAUAAAAUAUGAAAUGUGUCUUUAAUCAGUAGAGAGCAGAUCAGACACAUUAAACUCAUUUUAUCUGAUUAUUAUUAUUUAUUGUUGGAAAAUCAAUAAUUCAUCAAACUUUAGUCUUUUGUAUUUUAUCUUUUUUUGCUCAUCAUGAAUCUUUAAGGGUUAAAUUUGGUCAGAAAUCAGAAAAUGGAUCAAAAUGUAAAUAAAUAAAUAAAUAAAA